AGAGACGAAGGUUCAGAUAUUUUUUAUUACAGAAAACUGAACGGAUCACUAGUUUGGAAUUAAAUGUGGCCGUCGUGACUAUUACCCUUUCUCUCCACUCCAUGCAGUUUCUCAGAGAUUUGAGGACAGAGCCAUCCAUCGUAACCACACAACAUGAAGUUUUUCUUGUGAAGGUGUUAACCUGUCAAAGCAACAAUUUCAGGAUCAACACUUCCAAGAUAAAAAACAUCCUUGGAAUGCAAUCGAAUGCAUUUUCAAUCGAGCUACGGAUCUCUCUUUUUCACCUUUCUUUAAAUGAUCUCGUGUACGUCCAUGUGAAUGUGGGUGUAUUCACGAGGACACCCUUAUUUAUACCCUAUCCCGUCUGGUGUGGAUGGAACUCUUCAGCGGAUGGAUGGCGGAGCAACUGUAGAUGCCUGGCUGUAUUUCCCAGGCACAAAGGCGUUAAUGUAACGGUGGAGAAUUCACGAUGGGGGAAUCUUCAUGAUGCAUUAGUGUUCAAGAAAAAUCCCGAAAUCCCCCUCAACUUUUUAUAAGCCUCUCUCUUGCUGCUGUUGUAUCUAGCUACUUCAGGGGUCUGCCUGUCGCUGCUGUUGGAAGAAGAAGAAGAAACGAAAAAAGAAAAGCAGUCAACAGGAUUUUGGCUCAUGUUAUCUGUUGCUUUCCACUUGAGCUUUUGUUUCAUUUCUUAAUAAUAACGUUUCCUUAUGGAUGGCUGCUGCUGCUUCUCUUCGCUCUGCUUAUUUUUCACAUAGCCAGGGCCCUAAUCACUUUUCCUACAAAUAGAGUUUUGUUUAUUUGAUAAACAUACCUGCAUCUCUCUCUCUCUCUCUCUCUCUCUGGCGUGCUCUUUGAUCCACUUCCUUAGUCUCUCUCUCUCUCUAUAGCGAGCAAAGAACGUGAGAGAGAGCUGCUGGGGCCAUUGUGUGCGCAGUGAAUUAGUUCGUGAAUAAAUGACAUCCAAUUAGUGGUUUCUCUUUAUUAUUACCGCGUCCCACGCUCUUACUCUCUCUCUCUCUGUCUCCUUAGACCCUGUUGAAUCCUUUUGUACGUAUUCCUGAUCACUGCAAUUCAAUUUUCUCCGGAAUUUAACUUUAACGAUCCCCUCUUGUUCAUGGCAAGAUAAUAAAACGCGUGCUAGGUUGCUGGCUAUCACGUAUAAACU